AUGUUGCUACUUCACCUUUUCUUUGUGUUUUUGAGUAGUACCUUAGCAGUUGAAUGCCCAGUAGAGUGCGGAGGAAUUUGCAAGGACGUCAAUCUUCCAGGCGUAUGUUCUUGUGAAGGCAUCCGUUCGUAUUAUGAUGCCACUCUUGGAAAGUGCACGUCUUGUGCGCUUAAUUUAUUUGCAUCCCAAGAGACUGAAACUCAUUGUUUGACUUUAGAACAAUGUCAAGCCAAUGGGUACGCUUAUACCCAGACAGAGAAAUGUUAUACGACAUGUCAAGGGAAUCUUCUUUCUACAGAGGAUAAAUACUGUGUUAAUGAUACUUGCCCACAAGGGCAGUAUCAGUUCCAACAUACAUGUGUUGAUACGUGUCCUACAGAGACUUACAUCUAUGAUUUUAAGUGUCUUGAGUCUGAUUGUACUAUCAACUCAUUACUUUUAGUUGAAAAUACACGGACAUGUGUAGAAGCCUGCACUGGGGAUUAUUAUUUGAAUGGAAAUUCGUGUAUACAGCAUUGCCCUAAAUCAACACAUGUGGAUGAGCACAAGUGUGUCGAUUCGUGUGGAGAAGACGACAAGAGUUCAGUGGAUGGGUCGUUGUGUUACAACACGUGUAUAGUCUAUACCAUUGAAGACCCAUUGUAUUCUAAGUAUUGUAUAGAUAACUGCUUUGAAGCCAAUCAAGGCGGAUACAUUUACACCGAUGAGAUUAAUAAACACUGCGUUUCUGAAUGCCCUGCAUAUAUUAAGUAUUUGGAUACAACUACUAACAAAUGCGUUGCGUCGUGUGACUCCACUUUAUUCGUCUCUGAAGACGACACACAGUGCUUAGAAACAUGUCCCAAUUACUUCGAAGGACAAAGAUGUAUACCAACUUGUGACAAAUUGAGUAAUGGAAAGGAGUGCAUUGAAAGAUGUCCUGAAGGAAAGAAGACAAAUUUGGCAGAGAACACUUGUGUGGAUGACUGUGGAGAAUUGGUGGAAUACAAUAACACGUGCUACACAGAUGGCUGCCCUGAAAACUACUUCAACUGUGAGUCAAUGUGUGUUGGGAGCUGUCAUGACCUUUGCGAAGGUGCACAACUGCCUUAUUUGAUUGACAAGAAAUGUUACUCGGAAUGUCCGCAAGAUACCUUUUUGAGCUUGAAUGGAUUGAGUUGUGUAGAUGCAUGUGAAGAAAAUGAAUUCAGUGAUUUUGCCAACAAGAAAUGUGUAGGAGAGUGCGACACUACUCUUUACAUCUUAAACACUUUUGAUGCGAAGGAGUGCUAUGCCGCUCAAUGUAAAGUGGAACAAUACACUGUUGUAGAGACUAAACAAUGCUUAAUUGGUGGCUGCCAAGAUUUUUAUAGUGAUGUAGAUACAGAGAGUAAGAUGUGUCACACUACAUGUGACACUAAGACGGACUUAAUCAAUAAACAAUGUGUAACAGAGUGUCCUAUUACUCUCGUUGAAGUCACUGUAGACGGCAAAGUCUAUUGCAACAACACAUGUCCCGGUCAACUUAAAAAUGUUGCAGAACCUAAUGUUAGACCAACUUGUGUAGAUCAAUGUCCCGAGUUAACAAUUCAAUUGGACGAUAUGUGUAUUAAGAGUUGUGAAAGACCUAAUUACCAAGUCAUUUCGACGAAUCAAUGUGUGAGUAAAUGCCCAUAUACACACUAUGAAUUUUCAUAUAACUAUAGCUGUCUCUUGGAUUGCACAGGGACAGAAAUGCAAUACAAAUUUGAUAAUGGUACAUAUAAGAAGUGCUAUACUUCAUGUCCCAAUGGGAAUUAUACAUUUGAGAGUGGAUUGACUUGCUAUCCAAAUGGGUGUCGCGAGGACUUAUUUACAUAUGGGAUGAAGUGUUAUGAAGACUGCACUGCUAUAGAGAAAUACAAUGAUAUGAAAACAAAGACAUGUAUAACUCGUACUAGCUGCAAGAAGUACUUCUAUGAGACGAACUCAAGCUGUUUGACGAGUUGUGGCGAUUUGAAGAGAGAUAAAGAUCAACUUCAGUGUUAUGACGAGUGCACUGGCACCUUAUUUGCUCAUGAAGAUGACUUGAUAUGUUAUAGUAUAUGUCCUAAUAAUAUGAAGAAAGACUAUGUCACUAAUUAUUGUGUUAAUACGUGUGACAAGAACACGACUUAUUACUAUGAAAAUGACGAGUCGUGCAAAGAAAAGUGCGAUAAAGGACUUUACACUGAUGACAUCAAUAAAAAGUGUUAUAAGGAGCAAUGCCCAUCGAACUUGUUCUUCACUAAUACAGCAGACUUCACUUGCGAUGUGACUUGCCCUUCAAAUUAUUACGUCGACGGUCUUAGAAAGUUCUGCUAUAAUACGUCGUGCCCUGAGAACUAUUUGUCGUACAACACGUACCAAUGCUAUGAAAAGAAUUGCCCACCAAAUACAAUGAAACUUGAUUUGAUAU